CAUACACAGCAUUCUUGUCCCAGUUUUACUAGUGGCGCUCCUGGACCUGGUGUAGGAGAUUCUAUUUCUGCAUCGAGUUCAACAUGGUCAACAACAGGUCGUGACAAGCAGAACAACAUUUUUUCCAACGAGAAUAUCUAUGACGCCUAUAUCGACGUCCCUGGUGCCAAGAUGACUCCUGUAUCCCCGCCUGACGUUCAUCCGGAUCACGCGAGUACUACUUCUUCUGCUAGUUCAACAUCACAUUCACAGCAUAAUCUUCAAGGCAAUUACGCUGAAGGACACGUAGCUGAAGAAGAGGAGAUGACUAUUGUUAAGCAUUAUAGGUUGUUGGUGUUUUUGUUACUGGUUGUUUUGACUCUCGUCCCACAAACGGGGAAACAAAGAGCACAACAAACGGGGAGCACAAACACUGAAACCCCGUCGCUAAUAUUGAUGAACUGCUCGGUUUGGAGCCAGAGGACCCUGCCAGAAAGAUGAAGAACAUUGACAAGUCACAGAGCAAUAAAGUUUCCAUUCACAAGACACAUCAACAGACGAAACGACUAGAGAUGCAAAAGUAUGUUGAA